AUGGCUGAUGAUACAGCUGCCGCAGAGGAGGCUCCGAUCACCUUCACUGUCAAGUCAUCAACAGAUGCCAAGUACACCUUGACACUACCACUUACCACUUUGGUUUCAGACCUGAAACAGAAGCUCGCCAGCUCCGAUUAUACCGACACCCCCGCAGAACGUCAGCGAUUGAUCUACUCAGGUAGAGUGUUGAAGGACACCGAGACUCUCAACGCUUAUAAGAUAAAGGAUGGCCAUACCAUCCAUCUUGUGAAAUCCGCUGCAAGUAACCAACCUCGCCCAAACGCAGCUGCUCAAUCUAGCCCCGCUGGUGCCACUACUGGGGCAACCCCAACCCCUGCUGCUGCCGGUGUCCCGACCAAUCUUGCCGCUGGAACUGGUAACAAUCCUCUUGCUGGCUUGACCGGUGCCAGAUAUGCAGGGUUUGCCCAGCUCCCGGGUGCUGGGCUUUUCGGCCCUGAUGGUGGGAUGGGUCCUCCUCCCGAUGCUGACUCGAUGCUUAACAUGCUUGAGAACCCCCAAUUCCAAUCCAGCAUCAACGAAGCUCUUCAAAACCCCGCCAUGAUCGAUAUGAUGAUUCAGCAGAAUCCUAUGUUGCGUGAUAUGGGACCCGGAGUGCGCCAGAUGAUGGAAAGUCCAGAAUUCCGCCGCAUGUUAACCGAUCCUAGCUCGAUUCGCCAGAUGAUGCAGAUGCAACGUGCCAUGGGAAUGGGUGGUGGACUUGGUGGUGCUGGCGAAGGCGCGUUCCCCGCCCCGGGAGUUACCAACACAACUGCCGAGGAAAACCAAGGUAAUCAGCAGCAGAAUGGGCAGAACUACCCAGUCGGGAUGCCUCCAAAUCCAUUUGGAGGUGCUGGCGCCAACCCUUUCGGUUCUCUUUUCGGACAAAACCCAUUUGGCAAUGCCACCCAGCCUACUCCCACCCCUGGUGCGACUCAACCUGGAGCGCAGGGCACUGAGUCUACCGACCGCUCCGCGCCUGCUGAUGGACAAACCCCCCAGGCUCCUGCAAACCCUUUUGCGUCACUAUUCAACCCGGCCGCAUUCGGGGCUGCUGGACAAGCAGGCCAGGGUGGCAUCAAUCCAUUCAAUCCCCAGAACAACCCGUUCCUUCGUGAUCCUGCGCUCUUGUCUCAAGUGAUGCAGGGUAUGGGUGGGCAAAAUGCAGAAGGCGGCGCUGCUGGGGCGAACCCUCUGGCGGCUCUCCUCGGUGGCGGUGGCUUUGGUGGUAUGGGAGGUGGCUUCGGAGCGUCACAGCCUCCUGACACUCGACCUCCAGAGGAGCGAUAUGCAGAUCAGCUUCGCCAACUCAACGAUAUGGGAUUCUUCGAAUUCGAGCGCAACAUCGAAGCACUGCGUCGGUCCGGUGGUAGUGUCCAGGGGGCCGUUGAGUAUCUCCUCAGCAGCCCAUGA